GCACUUGUCUUCCCCCACAUCUACAAAGUGAUCCUUGAGUCCAUGAACUCAAUCAAGCACACAAACACAGUGUGCCCCAUCUAUCAACUCAAUUCUCUUUCUCUCUCUCAAAAAGGCAAAUAAAUGCAAAUUAACUCACUAAAAACUUUCCGAUUAAUUCCAUACCCAUUAUCUUCAUCACUCUAAAAGAAUUCAUGGCGCCACCACUCACCUUCUUACACCCACUUCCGUUUCUGAUGGCAGCGACCCUAUUCCCUCUCUUACUCGCCACCGCCUCAGCCUCCAUAUUCUAUCCUAAUUUCCAACACUUAAACGUGACAGAGACAAUCCUGGUCGCAACAAAAUUAACCCAUCCGUCAAAACCAUCUUCCUACCAACAAACACUCUCAGAAAAUGAUGUAAUCCCCACCGACGACUCCCAUCAAGAGAAAAUCAAACUCAAAUUACAUCACAUAGACACGAUGUUGUUUCACCACCUUAAAAAACCCUCCCAUGUUAAUUUUAGUCACCGUUUCUCCGCCCGAAUGAAGAGAGAUGUCAGACGGGUCGCCGCCCUUAACCGCCGUAUGGGAUCCACCGCCGUCGACAUCACGGAGGAUUUCGGAGGGGAUGUCAUUUCCGGCAUGGAACAGGGUAGUGGAGAAUAUUUCGUUAGAAUCGGUGUCGGCAGUCCGCCUAGGAAUCAAUACAUGGUUAUAGAUUCCGGAAGUGACAUCGUUUGGGUCCAAUGCAAACCCUGCAGCCUAUGUUACCAACAAUCAGACCCGGUUUUCGACCCGAAUACCUCUGCUUCUUUUACAGGAGUUUCUUGUCCAUCAGAUAUAUGCGAACGAAUCGAGAAUGCUGGUUGCUAUUCCGGCCGGUGCAGGUACGAGGUUCAUUACGGCGACGAAUCGUACACGAAAGGAACUCUAGCGUUCGAAACGCUUACAUUCGGGCGGGUCAUGGUCCAAAACGUAGCUAUCGGGUGCGGACAUACAAACCAGGGAAUGUUCGUCGGAGCAGCCGGGCUAUUGGGUCUCGGAGGCGGGUCUAUGUCGUUUGUGGGACAAUUGGGUGGGCAAACAGGCGGGGCGUUCAGUUACUGUCUUGUUAGCAGGGGAUCUGGAUCAGUCGGGUCGUUGGAAUUCGGGCGUGGAUCUUUACCUAUGGGAGCAGCGUGGGUCCCGUUACUCCCGAACCCGAGAUUGCCAAGUUUUUAUUACAUCGGUCUUUCAGGUCUUGGGGUCGGAGGUAUUCGGGUUCCAAUACCCGAAGACCAGUUCAAACUGACCGAACUAGGUGAAGGAGGGGUUGUCUUGGACACUGGGACUGCGGUUACUCGGAUUCCAACAAAUGCUUAUGUGGCAUUUCGGGAUUCGUUCGUUUCGCAAACCGCAAACCUACCGAGAACACCGGCGGUAUCGAUAUUUGACACAUGUUACGAUCUGAACGAGUUUGUAUCGGUUAGGGUUCCAACGGUUUCAUUUUACUUUUCGGGCGGGCCAAUUCUAACCCUCCCUGCCCGAAACUUUUUGAUUCCGGUUGAUGAAUUGGGUACGUUUUGUUUCGGAUUCGCUCCAUCUCGAUCGACAUUAUCGAUAAUUGGGAAUAUCCAACAAGAGGGGAUCCAGAUUUCAGUGGAUGCAACUAAUGGAUUUGCCGGGUUUGGGCCAAAUGUUUGCUGAUAAUUAAGAUGAUAUUUGUUGUAAAAAAAUGAAAAAGAAUUUACAAAACGGUCAUUUUGUUAGCCUUUUAAUAAUUUGUUUGGUAAUGAGAGUGAUCAAUUAUAUAGGGAAAGUUCCUUCUUUUUUUUUUUUUUUUUUUUUUUUUUUAAAAUAACAAAUCACCGAAAUAGGUUAAUCCUUUCUAAAUAACUAUAAU